CGAAUUCAUGUUUCAUAUGGCUCAUAUAAUGCAUGUAUUACAAGCCUAGCUUUGGAAACGGGUGGCAAGACCCAAUACCUGCAAAUAGCUGAAAGCGCGCUCCCGCUUUAACCUGGCGUUAUCUAUCACAUCAUGUCAGUGGCAUUGUCCAUAGACCUCGCAGCCAGCCGCUGUGCCGCGUUGCACAGCGGCGCCGUCGACAGACCCGGGCCACGGACCGCAGUGCCGCCGCGCGCCUUGUGGCCCCGCACGGCACGCAAUGCUUUCAGCGAGCGUGUCGGGCCAUGCACAUGCAUCACUUCCGAACGCUGUCCACAGCACCAUCGGCACGCGGCGCUGGGCUCAGCUUCAACGUCAGCUCUGCCUGCCUAUGCAGCUGGGCACACCAGCCACGGGACAGCCGGCGUCAGCUGUCAGGCGCUGCACGCCAGCGCCGCCCUGCUCAGCUCUCUAGCGCCGCGCCCUGCUUACCCGCAGUCGUCUUCUGUGCAUUUGCGGGCCAGGUCAGCUGUGGCGUCACAAGCGGCGGCGGCAGCUGCUGAGGCCGGCCCUGGCGCCGCAGGCACAGCGCAGCCGCUCUCCCCAGCUCCCAGCUCCCCGUCACAGCUCCCAGCACACCAACCCCAGCUCACCAGCGGUCUGGGACAGGUCAUUGCAGCUUCCUCCAACUUCGUGAGGGUUCAGCUGUACACGCUGCUGCCUGACAGCGAGCCCACGCCAAACGGGUGGCGGCCGCCGCAUAUGCGGGACACAGACGCCGCACCGGCGGCCUCCGGCUCAUCACCCGGCGCCGCGGGUGCUGCGGACACGCAACCUCCAGCAAGCGUGGAGCCGGAGUCUGGUGCGGGGGCCUCCUACCCGGUGCUGCUGUGCAGCCUGCGCUCGCUGCUUCGCAAGUUGCGGCAGGACGUGGUGGUGGGGGACGUGGUGCGGGUGGAGGCGGUGGACUGGGUGGCGGGGCGCGGCGCGGUGUCGGAGGUGCUGCCGCGCAGCAGCCGCCUGACGGACCCCGCGGUGGCAAACGUGGAGCACGCGCUGCUGGUGUUCGCGCUGGACACGCCGCCGUUUGAGGAGCAGCAGGUGAGCCGCUUCCUGGUGGCGUAUGAGGCGGCGGGUGUGUCGUUCAGCCUGGUGCUCAACAAGGCAGACCUGGUGGCGCCAGAGGUGCUGGCAGGCCGGCUGGCACAGUGCAGGGCCUGGGGCUAUGAGCCUGUGGUGCUGAGCUGCGAGACGGGCGAGGGCGUGGAGCAGGUGGCGGCGCGGCUGAGCGACCGUGUUUCUGUGGUGGCGGGUCCCUCAGGCGCCGGCAAGUCCUCCCUCAUAAACCUGCUGCGCCGCGGCCGCCACCGCCCAGACCUGCAGGCCGCGCCCGGCACCGCCGCCGUGAACGCUGCUGACGAGGCACGGGCUUUGGCAGAGCUGGAGCGUGCGGAGGCGGAGGCGGAGGCCGAGGAAGAGGUGGAGGCAGCGCAAGCGGCCGAGGCGGCGGAGGCAGCGCAGGCGGCAGCGGGCAAGGGUAGUAAGGCGAGGGGGAAAGGGAGGGCAGUGCGAGGCGAAGAGGCGCAGCCAAUGCCGAUAGGAGGCGUGCGGGAGCUAGUCAAGCUGCCGUCGCCCGGCGUGCUGGGGCUGGGACGUGAGGCUGGGGGCGUCAGCUCGGGUGCGGGUGCGAGCGAGGACGGCGGAGGCUCGGAGGCUGGCGCCACGGGCGACAAGGAGCCCGAGUUCCUGGCUGUGGGCGCGCUGUCCAAGAUGGGUCGCGGCAUGCACACCACCACAAGUAUCUCGCUGUUGCGGCUGCUGGGCGGUGGCUGGCUGGCGGACACGCCCGGCUUUGGCCAGCCCACGUUGGACGACAUCGCCUCCCCUCAGCUGGCGGCCUGCUUCCCCGAGAUCUCCGACCUGGUGGGGGAGCAGCCGUGCCGCUUCUCCGACUGCCUGCACGUGGCGGAGCCGGGCUGCGCGGUGCGCGGCGCGGGGCUGGAGCGCUACGCCUUCUACCUGCGCUUCCUGCAUGACAUACGGACGCGCGAGGCCAACGAUGUGACGCGGCUGCAGCGCGCACGUGCGGACCGCGAGGGCUACGCCAAGGCCAAGAGUGUGCGCGGCGGCGGUGAGCGCAUGGAGGCACGGCUGGACAGCAAGCGCCACCGCCGUACCUCGCGCCAGGGCGGCCGGCGGGCAGGAGACCUGGACUGAGCUGUCGUGGGGUGUGGGGUGCACGGUGAUUCGCUCACGGAAGCAAAUCCUGGUGGUACUAGGGCAGACCAAAGCCCCAGAUACAGUUGCCGCCUUCGCUUUUAUGUGUGACAUGUUGGCAUGUUGCAAGGUAGAGGGACGGAUCACUGGCGGCGCUGACGUGCGUGGGCACGAAGCCGGCGCUGAGCGAUGCUCGCAUGCGAUGCCCUAGCAUGCGACGGUGGCGCUGGGCGGUGCAACACCUGAGAGUUGAUGCGUGCCAUGCGCCUGGCAGCCAUAGCGUCAUGUGCUGACAUCAGCCGUGUAGAAGAGAAGCCACAUUCCCAACCCUGUUUGUUGGACACAACAGCAAGGCCAGUGCGGUCGUGUGCAAUUGUGCUAACGUAGGACAUCCACCCCUGAAGAUCCCACCCUCUUAUGGUUGCCGCUACGACCCUAGCGGACACGCGCAUUC